AUGGAGCAGUACAGCCUGUUGGGCCGGAUCGGGGAGGGCGCUCACGGCAUCGUCUUCAAAGCCAAACACAUCGAGACAGGGGAAGCUGUUGCCUUAAAGAAGGUGGCACUGAGAAAGUUGGAAGAGGGUAUCCCAAAUCAAGCCCUACGAGAGAUUAAAGCUCUGCGAGAAAUUGAAGACAACCCAUAUGUAGUUAAACUAAGAGAUAUGUUCCCACAUGGCACAGGGUUUGUGUUGGUCUUUGAGUACAUGCUCUCUGACCUUUCUGAAGUCAUCAGGAACUCUGACCAGCCGCUGACUGAGGCCCAGGUUAAAGGCUACAUGAUGAUGCUGCUGAAAGGGGUCAAGUUCUGCCAUGAGAAUUCCAUCAUGCAUCGAGACCUAAAACCAGCAAAUCUUCUGAUCAGCUCUACCGGCAUCCUGAAGAUUGCCGACUUCGGCCUAGCCCGGGUUUUCUCCAAUGACCAGGGGCGCUUGUACAGUCAUCAAGUAGCCACCCGGUGGUACAGAGCACCCGAACUGCUAUAUGGAGCCCGCAAGUAUGAUGAAGGAGUGGACUUAUGGGCGGUUGGCUGCAUAUUUGGGGAACUCCUGAAUGGCUCUCCUCUCUUUCCCGGGGAGAAUGACAUUGAACAGUUGUGCUGCGUUUUGCGGACUUUGGGGACACCCACUGCUAAAACCUGGCCUGAAAUUACCGAAUUGCCAGAUUAUAACAAGAUCUCAUUCAAGGAGCAUCGCCCUCUCCCUCCUGAGCGUAUCGUGCCUGACACCUCCCCUGAAGCCCUACAGCUUCUUAUGCUCUUCUUGGUAUAUCCAUCCACCCACAGGAUCCGAGCGGCUGAGGCCCUCCUUCACCCAUAUUUCUUCCUUGAACCCCUUCCUGCACACCAUUCCGAGCUGCCCAUCCCCCAGAGAGGAGGAAGAAGAAACCGUCAGCUUCAGAGGGAGUUUCAUACAGAACAGCCUGUGAGUGACAGUCUGCUAGACCCCACACUGCUCAGUGAUUACCUCCAGGGACUCUGA